AUUUAUUGUAUGUAAUCGUAACAUGCUUAAAGUGUUUCUACUGGAUAUCUACUCCAAAAAAACUAUAUUAAUAAACUUUACACACUUUCAGAUAGUGUCUGUUAACAAAGAAAGAUAGUGAUACCUAAAUAAAUUAGUUUAGAUAAAGAAUAAUUAUACGAAGAGUUAAUUAGGGAAAAAUAGCAUAAUAAAGGUUUAUAAAAUGAAAUAAAUAAACUAAAAGCAAGGUUAUAAUGUUAUGAAAAGGAUUUAGUUAUUUAAGGUGAGGUGGAUUAUAAAAGGGAAUUAAAAUAAGCACUUAUAAGAUUAAAAAAGAGAGAAGAAGAAGUAUUUGAAUUAAUGCAAAGUACUAACUAUAAAAGAAUUAUAGAAAUGGAAAAGUUAAUUUAAUCAUUAAAAUAAGAAUUGGAGAAAUAUCAUGUAUAUUAAAAUUUUUAAGGAAGCACAGAGUCAAUAAUUAAUGAUAAUAUAGAAUUAUUCUAAAAAUUAUAAUAAUCCACUUAAUAGAUAAAAGAAUUAGAAAAAAUAAAAGCAGAAUAUUAUUCAAUAGCAAGAAAACAUUAAUAGUUGUAAUUGGUUUUAUAAGCAAAAGAUUAAUAAUUAUAGAAAUUUAGAGAGAGAGAUCAUUUAAGUGAAAUGAAUGUAAAGCAUUCAAAUAAAAAUGAAUCUUAAUUAAGAGAAGAAUUAUUAACAAAAGAUGAAGAGAUAUCUCAUCUAAAAAAUUAAUUGGCUAUUGCUAGAAAAACUAAUAUCGAGGAUAAAGCAAUUAUAGAAUAAACUUAAUAGGAUCUUCAAUAAAAAAUUAAUCAACAUGAAUAUGAAAGGUAGAAUUAUAAAGAAAGAAUUGAACAUUUAUAAAAAGAAAUUUAAUAAUUAUCUGAAAAAGCAAGAAACUUUGAUAGAUAUUUAACAGUAAAUUAAAAGAGAAAAACAACACAUGUUGAUGACUAAUAAUCAAAUUCUUAAUAUACUUAAGCAUAAGAUAGUGAUUAAAUGGUGAAAAGUAUUUAGAAAAGUUAAGUAGAGGAUAUCGCCACUGAAUUAAAAUUAAUUUUAAGAAAAAACAACAUUUCAUUAUAAGAAGCAGAAUAAGUAGUUUCUUAAUUAAACUUAGUUAUUAUUUAAAGGUAAUGAAAUAUCAAUUUAAGAAUUGGAGUAACUUUUAGGAAGAGAACCUUUUAAAGUAUUAAGUUCCAAUACAUUAGCUAGAUACAUGAUUGAAGAUAUGUAAGAAAAGUACAUUUUUAUUUCAAUUAUUAGAGAAUUUGAGUAUAAUUCAGAUUUGAAAUCACCAGUACCUCAUGUUAGAAGUGUUUUUCGAACAUUAUUAUAACACUACUAAUUAAAUUUUGAUGAUUAAAUCUUACAAACUGUUGCAAAAGCUUGUUUAUAGAUAUUCGAAUUUUGUUCAAGAAAAAAUAUUUCAAAGCUUACAUAAUAAGAAUUAUUAGAAAGUAUAUCAUAAUUAGAUUUGUAAUGGAAUUCAAAAUGCUUUGAUUGUUUUUAACAAUUAUAUUAUAAUAAAUUUAAAGGUUUCCUGCAAUUUGAUGUUCAAAAUAUUAAAAAGUUAUUUGAAUAGUAUUAAAUAUAAUGA